AUGUGGGGCCCAAAUAUACACGCCACUAGCCCACUUUUCAGGCGCGUUGAAGGUCUCUCGCAGGCUUCGGAAGCCAUCGCUGACAUCUUUGCUCGCCUCGGUCGGCGUAUUCGGGGCAACAAGAACGUCGCUGCUGAGGCUGCUGAAGCUGCUGAAGCUACGGAGUCCGGUAUCGAAGCAUCGACACCAAAACCCUUUCCUCGACCCGGUCGGCUCUCUUUUGAAGAAGCCUCCGAAGCGCCUUCUUCACCACAACGUCUUCGACGACCCUUCCGCUUCGCCGGCACCGAGGCUGGCUACACUGGCGAUGCGGAUCAAGCUCUGAUUCGGGCUAGACUGUACGACAGGCCAUCUCUCCAAUCUCAACCCGCUGCUGAUGCCACGGACACAGGCCUUGAAGGCGGCAAAAAGGUGUACAGCCAUUUCUGGCAGGAUCCCAAGCAACGACCUCGUAUGGCCGUUGCUGCUGCCGUCAGCGCAGGCUCGGCGUUGCUCAUAGGUCAGAAAAUGCACCGAGAUCAAGAAGCGAUCCAGAACCUCAACGCGCAAGUGGCCGAGUCGCAGGCUCAGCAGGAGGCGCAAGUCCAGCAAGCCGUCGCUCAGAACGAGGCUCGUGCUGCCGCUGCUCCCAGCCAUUCUGGUCUUCGUCGCCGCGGAACACCAACGAUUAUAUCCGAAAGGGAGAGCGAAGCGAGUCCUCUCCUCGUGAAGCGCUUUAACCCUUUCGCAGCAGCUCGGGCCGUGAUUGCAAACACGCCCGCGGCGGGAGGCGCUCGAGACUUUCAGAUGAUCUUGCAGCGAUACCCUUCCGAGAGCAACCAGAUGAUCGUCAAGUCCCUCCUCGGCGCUGGAGCUCUGACUGCAGUCGCAGGGGCUUUUCUAUGGAUUGGCUCCACGAAGGAUACCAAGCAUGAUGCACCUCCGCCUGCUCCAGCCAAUCUUUCGGAAGCUCAUCGGACUACGCCAAACACUGUUCUCGCUGAUUCGAAAAUCCACACGAUGAUCUUCAAGCGGUUAGAAGUGACUCGUCAGGACCGGCCUGGCUCCGUAGCAAACGAGCAUCUCGCGAAACGCAUGUUCAACCCACAUGCCGGAGGAGCGAACAACAAUCUGGCAGACGGACGCGCCACGGCACAGAUCGUUCCGCUCGACAUGGAGCUGCCGGCGGAUGCUGUCGAGGCUACCCGCGAGCUGAGCCCUUGGGUGCUUGCCAUUCCUGUUUUCGCCGCCACUGUUGCCACAUUUGGUGGGCUUGUCGGCUUCAUUGUCGCUUACAACAAGAAGCACCCGCAAAAUCAGUCGGUCGACAAUCCAAGCCACCCGCCGGUCUUCAAGCGCGCAGUCGGCGUAACUAGGCUCGGUGAGGCGGGACAGGACAUGGAGACUUUGGCUGCCAAGAUGCAGAUCGGGCCCCUACAAGAGCAAGAGGACGCCGAGAGGUUUGAAGACUACGCCUUCGUAGCGAUCCCCAUCGGCCGCGCGGCAGCUUUCAAGCUCUACUCAAGCUUCAAGGAGCCCAUCCACCAGGCUAUCAGUCAGGAGCGUCAGCAGUCCAAGAAGAAACGCCUGCGGCACGAGCAGCCGACGGUCGCAGACUCUCAUCGUUUCGAUCAAGGCCAACGCGAAGAAGGUGGCGCGACACUGUCCAAGCGCUCGCUCAAAGAUCUUUCCAAAAUGGCCAAAGUGGUUGGAAAGGACUUAAAAAGCUUGGUGAGGAAGACAUCGCUCAGCGCGAGUCAGCGAAAAGCUCGAGCGAAGCGAUUUCGCACCUAUGCUCUUUCUGGUGGUGCUGCCACAACGUUCGAAGCUACCAAUGCGUAUCUGCUGUUAGAACUGGUAACGGCGGAUCACGGCGUGAAAAAGAAAGGCUUUCAGCGGCUUCGUCGAAAACGACGUCCACAACGCAAGCAGUACACAGGACCGAUCGAGAGCGAUGUCAAUCGAAACAACGACGAAGGCUCCGAGGCGUCUCUGUCGAAGCGCUCGCUGAAAGAUAUCACAGAGAUGGCUAAGUUGGCGGAGGCAGACUUCAAGACCUUGAUCAACAGAACGCCGCUGACACCAAUGGAGAUGCAAGCACGAGCACAGCGUUUGCGCAAGUACGCCCUCCUCGGUGGUGCGGCUGCCGCUUUCGAAGCUGCCAAAGCUUACCUCUUUUAUAAAGUCGUUGACGCUCGAGCAAGGAAGGAUGAGCGACAGCGGCUGUUGGAGCAAGAACGUCAACAACACGAGACUCACGUCGAGCCCGUUCACCGCCCCACAGUCAUGAAACGGGACGAAGUCGGUGAAGAGCAUCUAUCCAGGCGCUCGUUGAAAGAUGCGCUCGUGGAGAUGUGGCGAAUGGCGCCAGAAGACUUUAAUGUCGCUCAGAGACGACUGCCUCUCAGUCACGCAGAGUUCAGAGCUCGAGAGCGAAGGGCGCGCAACUGGUUCAUCCUCGUGACUGGAGCGUUCGUCAGUGCUGAGAGCGCGUUGGCCUACCUCUACUACAGGCUGACUAGUGCCAAGGCGCGGGAGAAGGAGCAACAGCGGCUGCAAGCGGAGCGCCAACGGGACGAGCAGCAGACGAAGGCCCCCGACGACCCUGGCCUCAAGAAGCGCGAUGCAAUUCUGGACAGACCGUUGUCCAAGCGCUGGUCGAAAAAGAUCCUCUCCGACUUGUGGCGCAACGCUGGUGAAAGGCUCAACAUUGUUCCACAGAGACAUGCGCUCACAUGGACUGAGAGGAGAAUUCGAGCGCAAAAGGUGCGCAAGUGGGCUAUGCUCACGGGAGCGAUCGCUGCCGCCGAGGCCGGGUUCACUUACCUCUUCUACAAGCUGAUCAACUCCGAGACAAGGGAGAAGGAGCGCCAGUGGCAGCAGCGAGAGCAGCUUCGAGCUUUCAAAAAGGGCGUCAGCGCCUCUCCGGAUCACCACAUGCUCGACGAAUCAUCGUCAAAGCACCUCGACAAGCGUGCCUUGGUCAACCCCGUCACCGAGAUCGAAAUGGCAGCUGCACGCGAAGAAGCUGUUGACCCUCGAUGGGUGCGGUGGAAGCAGGACGCGGCCGAGUUUGGUAAGGGCUUCGUUGCCUACUGCACGGCUAUGAUGACGGUCCUUGCUGCUGGUGCUGGCAUCACGUGGUUGGUCUCGAGGCACACGUCGAAAGAAGAUGGGCCGCAUGCGAACGGAGCGGCGUUCAACGGCGCCAAUGACCUUCACAAGCGUGCCCACGACGCCGUCGUUCGAAAUGACUCUGGCAGACCAGUGACGUAA